GGCGACGGGGGGCGGCGAAACUUUUAAACUUUGCACCUUCCAGGUUGUGUUGUAUACCUACAUACCCCAAUUGCGGUACUUAACCGGACCGACCUCUCAGCCCUGCCAGGGUCUGUCGAAUCUUCGGGCUUCUCACACAUUCCAUUGACCCCAGCGCUACAAGGCAACGCAUAUCAGUGCAGCCUCAAACCUCCACCCGACGCCUCUUUCAAUCUGACAUUUUUUCUACCUACACUGACGACCUCAAUCCAUUCCAACGAAUUGCGUACCCCUCCAGGCAAGCAACCAAACGCCAAAAACACUAAGCCUCGUUUUCGCCAUGUCGACAGCAACCCCCGAGGUCCUCUGGGCCCAGCGCUCUUCCAACACCGAUGCCGCUAAGAACUUCAUCUACCUGACUAUCAGCGUGCCUGACGUCCCGGCAUCGAAUCUCAAGUUGGAUCUCAAGCCUCAAUCGCUGACUUUCACCGGCCACUCCGACUCUCUGAAGAAGACUUACCACCUCGAGCUCGAGUUUUACGCCGAGAUCGACGCCGAGGAGAGCAAGAUUAACCACACAGGCAAAAAUGUCGAGAUCCACCUGCGCAAGAAGGAGCUCGACGACGCCUACUGGCCUCGUCUCCUGAAGGAUUCGAAGAAGGUCCACUUCCUGAAGACCGACUUCGACAAAUGGGUCGAUGAGGAUGAGCAGAACGAGGUCGCAGAACAGGAGGACAUGUCCAACUUUGGUGGUAUGGGCGGUGGCGACUUUGGCGGCAUCGACUUCUCCAAGCUCGGCGGUGGAGCUGGCUUGGGUGGCAUGCCGGAAGACGGCGACGAGGAAGACUCCGACGAUGAUGAGAUGCCCGCCUUGGAGGACGCUGAGGAGGAAGCUGCAUCUGCGGCAAAGCCAGCCGAGGGCGAGGCUGAGGCUGAGGGCGAGUCCAAGACCAAGGCUUAAAUGAAUCGUCGAGGAUGGCGAGACAAUGCGACAGCAUGCUAAGAUGCUCAACCCGGACAACUUUGGUCUAGGACGGCAAUGGAAAGAUAAAGAAUAAUCCAACCCAUACAGAAAGCUAAGCUCUCUAUUACAAGGGUAGCUAGGCAACUGGCUGGGAAUACAUAGCACAGACUAUUGCUCUGACGAGAACCGAAGACCACUGGGGAGUUGGAUCCUAUACUUACAAUACAAACUGCUUAAGGCUUGGGAGUUUUUGGAGCCUAUUUACACACUGUGGUGGCACCGUCCAACCUUGCCGUAAUCAUGAUGGAUGGAUGAGUUGUUCUCUGCUCUCCUGGUUGCUUAGUCCUCUUCCU